GGGAGAUCGUAUGAUCCAUUAUGGAGCAGAAGAGCCCUCUGACCGUUCUUAAUUGGUGUCAUGCUCACUCUGAUUCGCACGAGUUCAAGCAAAUCCCGAUACCGAAUCCCUACUAACCUUUUCCCUCCGGCCAACUUUGCGGGGCGAACGUUAUUCGGGGGCCUUUGCGACUAUGCAUGUAAUAUCGGCUGUCCUUUCCCAUUUGCUGCAACAACAGGGGCAACACACACAGCAGAAUAAUGAGUGCGAAAAGUACGAGGAAUGUCCGUGGCUAGCUGCGUCCCUGCAUGAGACUCUCCGAGUGGUCGCCCCAAACCGGUUUUUGGAAUUGGCUGCAGAGCCUACAAUCCCGUGCGCCACUGUCCACAGUGUCGCCGUCUAUAGCCGUGGGGUGUCGGUGUGGUAUACCUACAUCUCUAUUCUUACUAUGACCAACAGCAAUGUUAUAUUAAUGUCCAACCGAGAAAGUAAGAUAUGCUGCAAGAAUGGAAAGUCCGAAGAAAGAAGGGAGGGAAGGCUUUUCUUUUUUCACGAUGUCUACCCGAAAAAGGAGCCUGGUAAGCAGAUGUGUGCGUUCAUUCAAAUAACUCUAAUGUACAAGUCGAACUUCAUCAAUAUCUCGUCAUGAGAACCUAUCGGGUUUGACACGGGACGGAGUGGAGAGGAACAAGGCCGGUUACCAAUGAACCGACACAUAGGGGUGACUCUAGUUCUCCGAAUCCACGGUGUUCGCGAUGUCCAAGGGAGUCGAAAGCCCAACUCGGUCAACAGUGC